CAUCAAUCACGACUCUGCAUCGUGAGGCGAAAACGAUAACGGGGUGGGACCCGCAUGGCCGCAGCAAGAUGAGGAGGAGAGGCAGCAAGGCAAGGCAAGGCAAGGCAAGGCAACGCGCCGUCAUCUCAUUCUCCCUCGCACCGACGAGGUCAGGUCAGAGACCUUCGAGUACUACUAGUCAUGGCCCGCAUCUAGAAGGCAGCAAGAAAGGGGGCGGAUGGGGCGCGCGUUCGUGUACGUGAUCCUGGGCGGCGGCGUGGCCGCGGGCUACGCCGCGCUCGAGUUCGCCCGCCGCGGUGGGUACUCCCGCGGAGAGCUCUGCAUCAUCUCCGAAGAGGCCGUUGCUCCUUAUGAACGUCCUGCACUAAGCAAAGGCUAUUUACUCCCAGAAGGUGCUGCUCGUCUUCCAGGAUUUCAUACUUGUGUUGGUGCUAAUGAUGAGUUACUGACACCGAAAUGGUACAAAGAACAAGGCAUUGAACUUGUUCUUGGAACAAAAGUGAUUUCUGCUGAUGUGAGGCGCAAGACAUUGCUUACAGGCACUGGUGAAACUAUCAGCUACAAAACUCUAAUUAUUGCGACAGGUGCUCGGGCUUUGAAGCUGCAAGAAUUUGGAAUACAAGGUUCAGAUGCUUCAAACAUAUGUUAUUUGCGCAACAUCGAUGACGCGGAUAAGUUGGUGAGUGUGAUGAAAUCAUGUCCUGGUGGAAAUGCUGUUGUCAUUGGUGGUGGCUACAUUGGAAUGGAGUGUGCAGCGGCAUUGGUUACUAACAAGAUUAGGGUCACCAUGGUCUUCCCUGAGAAACACUGCAUGGGUCGUCUAUUUACACCAAAAAUUGCAGAAUUUUAUGAAAACUACUACACCUCGAAAGGGGUCACCUUUGUUAAAGGAACUGUGCUUACAUCCUUUGAAAAAGAUACGACGGGGAAGGUGACUGCAGUAAUACUCAAAGAUGGUAGGCACCUUCCUGCUGAUAUGGUAGUAGUUGGUAUUGGCAUCCGUGCAAACACUAGCCUUUUUGAAGGUCAACUGAUGAUGUCAACAGAGAAUGGUGGGAUAAAGGUAAAUGGACAGCUGCAGACAAGCGACAGCUCUGUGUAUGCCGUUGGCGAUGUGGCCGCGUUCCCCAUCAAGCUUUUUGACGAUGAUAUCCGACGGCUCGAGCAUGUGGACUCAGCUCGUAGAACUGGUAGACAUGCUGUUGCCUCCAUCUUGGAUCCUUCAAAGACGAGGGACAUCGAUUACCUGCCGUUCUUCUACUCCAGAGUGUUCACGUUGUCCUGGCAAUUCUAUGGGGAUAAUGUCGGGGAAGUGGUCCACUUUGGAGACUUCACAAGCAGCAGUCCGAGGUUCGGUGCAUAUUGGGUCAACAAAGGGCGGAUCGCGGGUGCGUUUCUUGAAGGCGGAAGUCGGGAAGAGUACGAGGCCAUAUCGAUCGCUGUUCGGCGGGAAGCUGUGGUCACAGACAUGGGUGAACUCGAGAAACAAGGCCUGGCACUCGCCAUUCAGGAGAGCCAGAAGGAGGUGCCUGACAGUGGGCUUGCUGUUGUCGGAAAACCUACUUAUGCGUGGCAUGCCACAGCCGGUGUCAUUGCAGCUGUGUCGAUUGCUGCAAUUGGGUAUUGGUAUGGCAGGAAGCGCCGCAGGUGGUGAGGAUUUGCAUUGGGGUGAUUCCCUUUGGUCUGCCGGGCCGAACUGCUGCUGGUGGAAUAUCUGGGACGAGUGCUAUUGGCUGUUAAUCCAAUCAUAGUUGUAUAGCUUGUAUGAGAGUAUAGUCUGUCGCAAACGUAUACUGAAACACAGAUGCCUCGUGUAUUAUCUAGUGAAGAAACCAGUGGCUGCCUCUAACUCCUCAGGGGUUCUCUUGUUGUAAAAUUGCAACUCUUUUCUUAAUGAGAUCCGCAAUUUUGUGGCACU